GUGUACUCGCGCGUGAAUCCCCCUCAAAAAGACGCGCUACCGAGCGAGUGAUCCCAUCACCGCCCACCUUUCUCGUCUUGCUUUCUCUUGCUUCUCAUCGAGAGCCAUUCGCACUUCUGCUUCUCACCGCCCAACUUCGCCUUUACCUGUCUCUUCAUCGUUUCCUCGCCUGCGAAGAAGAGAACAUAGAGAUAAGACCGAGGGAAGAACUUAAGUGUUGGUGUUCUGUACUUGCUUUGUAUACGUACAUAAUGGAAGAGAGGUGGGCGAGGGGAAAGCCCAGGAGCGGUCACCAGAACCCCUCCUUCUCCUCCACCCUCCUCGACGCCAUCUACCGCUCCAUCGACGAGUCCGACGGCGGAGCCACGCGAGACCGCCACUCUCUCAUCACCGUGCCGAAGCGCCCUCCGCCGCCCCUCCGGCCCGCGGCAGAGUGGCGAACCGCAGAGGCGGCGACCUGUUGCCGGCCGCUUGCGCCCAUCUCCACCUCCAGUUCCUCUGACAAGUCAAGCUACGGCGGCUUCUCCUCCUCUUCCGAGCCCGACUCGGGGGUAAACCGGCUCAGGCCGAUCCUGACCGUCGGAGCUCCGAUCCGCUCCAUCCCUCCUCCGCCGGCUGCUGCGGUGUUCGACCGCCGUGAGGAGGAGAAGAAGAAAAAGAAGACGGGCUCGAUCCGCGGCAGGCUUCGAGACGCGAGAAGUUCCAGGUCGGCCGCGCCGGCGUCCCCGGGUGCCCGCCUCGCCGGCUUCCUCGGCUCUGUAUUGUCGGCGGUGUCGGUGAUCCCGAGAAGGCCAACGCCCACCGCUGUCACCGCCGCGGGCGGAUGCGACGACUCCGCCUGCUCCACGGCGUCGUCCCUCUCGCGAUCCUGCCUCAUCAAGAAACCAUCGACGAGGGAGCAGCCUCCGUCGGGGGAGGGGGAGAAGCGAUCGGUGAGGUUCUACCCGGUGAGCGUGAUCGUGGACGAGGAUCUGCGGCCGUGCGGGCACAAGAGCGUCUAUGGAGCGGACACCGCGCCCCGAAGGCCGUCGGCGGUGGCAAUGAAGGCGAGGAGGAGGGUGGAAGAGCUCCUAAGAGGGAUGGAGGAGGAGGAAGAGGAAAUGAGCGAUUCAAGCUCCGAUCUGUUCGAGCUGCAGAACUUGACGGUGAUCGGAAGGGAAAGGGGAAGGGGAAGGGGAGUGGGAGGAGGUUACGGUGAUGAGCUUCCGGUGUACGAGACGGCCCACCUCGACAUGAAUCGCUCCACUUCCCAAUCUCAACGCUUCCUAAAAAUACAAGAAAGAAUGUAAAGAAAAAGGCUGAGAAUUGGGUGGUGAUAUCUUAGGAGGGUUUGGUGUCUUUCGUUGAUCUUUAUCGGCUUCUUACUAUGGUUUGGGUUUAUCUCUUUGUAAGACUGUUCGGUUCUGUAGCUCUCAGCUUGUGUACGAAUACGAAGAAAGCUUAAGUAUUAUUGUUCAUGAA